UUUUUUUUAAAGAAUAAACAAGACAUUAAUAUAAACAGGAAAAUUAAUUAAAAAUCACAUAGGCAAUUCAAGAAUCUGAAAUAAACAUGAAAGACGUCGUCAGAAAUACUCGCACUAAUUUGCCGUCCUGAUGACGUACUUCCGGUUAACUGUCAAACUCGCUGUGAUGUCCGUGGAAGGGAGGCUUGGACCAAAAAUUAACGGACGAAGAGUUCACUGACUUGGCAAACCAAGGUAGUCAAGAGAAAUGUCUUUUUUAUUUGAUUGGAUCUACAGGGGCUUCAGCAGCGUCCUGCAACUAUUAGGGUUGUACAAAAAGACUGGGAAGUUGGUUUUCCUUGGACUAGACAACGCUGGAAAAACAACACUCCUUCAGAUGCUCAGAGAUGACAGGCUAGGACAGCACAUGCCAACAUUAUACCCAACAUCUGAGGAGCUGACCAUAGCUGGGAUGACAUUCACCACGUUUGACCUUGGAGGCCAUACACAAGCACGAAGAAUCUGGAAGAAUUAUUUCCCAGCCAUAAAUGGUAUAGUCUAUAUGGUGGAUUGCGCUGAUCAUGAACGACUAGGAGAGGCAAAAACUGAACUAGAUGCCCUGUUAACAGAUGAAACCAUCGCCAACAUCCCAGUUCUCAUCCUGGGAAAUAAGAUAGACCGUCCAGAGGCCAUCAGUGAGGAUGCACUCAGAGGAAUAUUUGGUCUUCAUGGACAUACAACUGGAAAGGGCACUGUGUCACUGAAGGAACUGAAUUUCAGACCAAUGGAAGUUUUUAUGUGCAGCGUGCUGAAGAGACAGGGAUAUGGAGAUGGUUUCCGUUGGCUCUCACAAUAUAUUGACUGAUUCAAAUUCUUUUAAAAGCCUUAAUCAGAUGUACCAUGCUGCCUGUGUACACAGACAAGUUCCACACAAAACUACCUGCAGUAGAGAUAAUUAAUUAAAUAUACUAGUUGUAGUACUUUGACUGCCAGUAAGAAGAAUGUUUUAAAGAGUGUUUUGUUUUAAUGUAUCCUGUACUCCUGAUGCAAGGCAAAGAUUAGUAGUUAAACAUAAGUCUGUAUUAUUCAGAUUGAGAGGGGAGAAUAAUUCUCAUGUCAUGGUUACUUCCUCUACUUACAAUAAGGAAUGUAGAGCUCUGCCAUAUAGAACAUGCCAUUGCUGUAAAGUAAUUUCCAAGAUGGGUUUAUAUUUGGCUGCUGGUGUUAACUUACAGUUAAACAAGUUAACACUGCUGGCUUUGGGUAGCUCCCACUUGGUUGAAGAUAAAACAUUUUUGUGGUGUAGAUACAUAUUACACAUUUAUUGAAGUACUUUUCUUUCAAACUAAUGGCAAUUUUGACAUUUACCAUUAGCUGUUGCCAAGAACAAAGUGAUUUCAAUCAGGAAAGUGCUGCAAAAAAGCUUAGCUGUAUUUGUUAAUGUUAAAACUGUAGUUUGCUACAUCCAUGGUUACUGAGGGUUCUGUUGAUUGUGUUUAAUGAAAGUAAAGCAGCCAAGUAUAUGAAUGUGACCACAAGUGCUUUUACUAACUUAUUCCACACGGAGCUUUAUUUACACCAAAUGAGACUAUUUUAAAAAUAAAAUCACACUUUUCUUUUUUUUUUUUUUUUGCAGAGAAGAUGCCAAGCUAUCUGUUCUAAUGAUAAAUAACUGAUGUGAAAUAAAUUAAGUACUUUGUGAUUAGUUGCUGCUCACUACAUGCAGUGAUAUUAUGAGAGUACUUGGAUGGUAUGCAAAACAUUUUUAGGAAAUUAGAGUGCAAUACUAUAAAUUGUUGUGUGUAUACCAUCUUAUUUAUAUUUUGAAAGAAGAAUAAACUUGCUCUAUAUAAAGCCGUGAGAUAUGACAUAAAGCAUAUGUUACAAAAAUAUUCUUACUUGAAAUGUGUGACACAUUAGAAUAAUAAAUGUUUUUGAAAACCUC